GAAAGAAAAGCGCUGCGUUCCCAUGAUGGCCAUUCACGAAAUCAUUGGCACAAGAAGAAGUUGUGCCAACAUAGUCAUAGUACCUACAUGUCAUACAACAAAAAAUCUGCAGAGCCGAAGAAGUGGUCCAUUUCAAUUCUAUACGUGGGUCUGGUUAUUUCUACAUCUUCUUGUAGAAGACACCAGUUGCUUCAUCAACAGGACCAAAAUCGCAAGAUAAACAGUUUAUUAGAGCUGUACCUUUACGUCUUCUACGUAGUUGAAUUAAUAGUAGUUUUCGCGCGAGGCCGAGGUAAUUUCUUGAUACGAGGAUUAGAACCCCAACUCCCCUUGAAUGAUUCACAUCAAGAACGAGUAUGAUGUUCCCAGAUCAAGAUGAUGAGUUGCAGUUCUCUGCUCCGAGCACCCUAUCCGUUGACGAUGGAGCAGACCGAGAUGACGCAGCUUCUGCGACAACAGGAUCUACGUCUUUGUCCUGUCGUGGAAGCCCAUUAGAUCAUGAUCUUCCAGAUCCUGAUCACAUUCACACUAGUGCAGCGAUUCAUCAGACUCUCACUACGACGUGUUCUUCUGACAUCUUCAAUGUUACUCGCGGAAGAGCAGUUGGAACUUCUGGAAGACUGUCAACUAGAGGUGGUGGAGGAGGAGGAGAAGGAGAUCAGCAGACACUAGAUGUUGUAGAAUUAGGUGUCAGCGAUCAUGCUGGACGACCAGUGAGACGCGGAAGUCCUACACCGACGCGCAGUGUGGUGCCCUCACCCAGCAUGGGAAGCCCUGUGCCGACAAGACGAAGUGUCACCUCUUCAACGGUGAUUACGUCGUCUCCUUCGUUUUACCAUUCGAGGAGAACACCACAGUCAGGAGAAAAGAAGACGCCGCGGCAAACUGCAAGCUCGAUGAAGAAAAUGAAUACUACAACAACUCUUCCACACUUUAGUACGUCGAUGCAUACGAUCCCGAAGAGCCCUAGCUCAUCAAGUUCUUCUAGACGCAGCUUGGCGGAGCAACUGUUGACGAUCAACAAGAAGAAGCAUGAUGAAGUACUAUGCAGCUCCAGCUCUAGUAAAUGUGUAGCUCCUCCAACUACCUGCACGACUAGUGGCAGUGCUUCUUCGUCAAGCUGCACAACCUGGCAGACGCAAGCUCGACAAGCCGGUUGGCUCUCGCCCAUUAGCAGUAAGAAGCUCGCAGACCGAUUCCAAACUGUGAUCGCAAAAUUAGAACACCAAUACAGCACAAUCAGGGAAGAACUUCAAGAUCUUAAUAAAGAGAGAGAAGCACAAGCACGAUUCAAGAACGCCAACGCCAACAAAUUAGUGGAAUAUGAAAGAACUUCACCGUGUUCCGAUCUGGAGGCUGCUUCUGGGAUUACAAGUUCGUGUACUACACGUGCUGGUCAGGAUGUGGCGAUGAUGCAUGUGCCGCCAUCUCCUCUAGGAGGUGAGGCAAUGCCGUACUCAAUUUCCGUAUCUUCAACUUCUACUAGAGUUACCGGGCUUCCACCAGCAGGAAAGUUUGCCUCCUCUACAGCAAUAGAACAGCAGCAGCAGGCUGCAGCAUCGUCUCCUGUAGUUGUGGUUCCUAUUGUUCCGCCACUGGGAGCCGGAAAGGAAAGCGCUAGCGCUAGAACGACGCUGCACGUACCAGGUUCUGCCAAAGCAACACCAUCCACGGCCUUCGGCACGCCUGUCUACACACCUCUUGCGCAUUGCCGCGGCCUGGCGGCCGCGUAUAAUACUAGGGGGACCACUGGGACGAGUAGCACGAACGGUAGCACAGGAAAGUCGUCAAGAGCGCCCCUCGUGCUGCCGCGACGGAAUGAGGUACAAUAUGGACAUGCGCUGUAGCCGUUUUCGUUGUACUUAGAUCUUUUUUGAAACAACAUUGUUUGUAGUUUGCCGGCGUGGGAAACUGACUCGCUUGCGCACGCCUGCGGUGGUGUGUUCUCCAUUGGCUCCGCUGCUGAGCAGGAACCAAUCCACACCAAAGCGGAGGGCAAGAAGGAUGAGCCACGGCGGCGGCUGGGUGAGGCAGUGGUGUCGAGUCGCACUCUUCAACUGGGUCGGCCCCCCGAAGGGAAGGGGUCGAUAUGAUUCCCCGACUGGCGGAGGAAGAGGAGCGCCUCAGCCCCCGUGCACAUGAGGGCAAGACCCAAGCGAAGGCCAUUGGUGGCCAUGCUACAUAUCAAGCCGGGCAAGUGGGAAUCUGGUCGGCAGCAUAGGCUCUGGAUUUGUUCCCGCAUUAUGGGCGUUGUUUUUAUUUUGUAUAGUUUUUGCCGUGUACUAUAGUCUCAGCGCGAUGCACAGAGACAGACGUGCUCUGUCUGAAGGAAACGAGGCUCCAAGUCGAUCGUGAAGCUUCCCAGGUGGUCGUGGGGCUGGGGGCAGCGGAUCGCCUCUGAGGGAUUAAAUUUGCUGGCACACUCUGGUAAAUCCAUGCCGUGCUUUGCUCGUCGGGUGGCUUUUGGGUGCCACUAAGUUGGAGCGGGCGCUUGCAUCGCUUUCAUAAUUUGCAGGCAUGCCGACCCCCGGCGGCCGGGGGCGGAAGGCCCGCGUGGUUGUUAGUUCUGUUUGAUUUCUUACGCUUACCAGAAGGAAACUCCCUCACUCGGCUGCACCUACAUGGUGCUGCCUUGCGUAUUGAUUGUUUGAUCUAACGAAGCUGACCCCACACACUUUGACUCAUUGGUCUGUUGCUUUUUCAGAAUCAGCGAGCGCGAAGCUUUUUUAUCUAUCAAAUUAGCCCUAGGUACCCACCUACCAGAUUGACCCUAAGUACCAACCUUCCCACAACGUAUGGCUCCCUCACUCCACCAGGGUCAGACGUCUUCUACCGGAAAGUUGGUGAUUUCUCCUGUGGCUGGCGCCUUUCGUAGACCACGAAAAUCGAGUUCCAAGGCCAGUCUGGGUGGGACGAAUUCUUCAACGAUCAUGAGUAGCCCUCCCCCGCUGAGUCCAACUAUGCAGCAUCUCGCAUCGGGAUCGUCUGGAGGUGGUGCCACGAGACAGCCAGCACCUGGCGGGUCUGUGAAUUUCAACGCUAUUACUAGGGGACCGCACCAGAAAAAGCAGGCUAGUCGUCAUCAAGGGUCCAGAAAACAACUGCAGGCUUUGAACAAAAGUGCGACAUUGCCUUCUGCUGGUGGAAAUGCAUCUACAAGAAGUGCCCAGUUUAGUCAUACUCUUCCAACCAGCUCCAGCCCAUCCACCACAUCUGGUGGCAACAACAUGGCCUCAUCUCCUGCAUGGGGGUCCUCGAGAAGUCUCGCCCUCCUUUCCAAAAGCCUAGACUUUUGUCGUAGAUCGCCCACAUUGACAGGCUCUGUUGGCGACAAUAGUGCCUCAUCGCCAGAUCAGGGAUCAACAGCAGGAGAUGAACGCAUUUUACAACCUAUGAAUCUUCUGAAAGAACCUUCUGCUACAACAACUUCUUCGGGCACUAGAAAAAUAGCACAUACACCAGACGAAGAGGAAGCACUUGAUCAACUGGUCAGUUCGUCCCCUGGCAUAGGAAUACUAGCUUCUCCGACGAUAGUAACAGCGCCACGUAUCAGAAAAAGCGGUAGUUGUACACCUGGAGUUGUGGAAAGUAAUAUUUUAUCAGCUACAGGAACCUCAAUAGCAGCCUCCAUAGCUGCAGCUGCAUCGUACGCUUCUUCUUCCGGACUGAAUUCUAAGGGAACUACCACUAGAGGUAAAACCAGAACGCCUUCUUUUUCUGACAUUCACGCAGCAUUACCAAAGACGCACCAGCACGAACAGUCAUUCGAAGUACUUGAUGUUGUUGGUGUCGUCAACGAGCUGCAGCAACAUCCGGCAUUACGGAGUCCAUCCUACGGCAAUGGCUCUUCUUCAUCGUCUUCUUCUAAGAUGUUGAACAAUUAUGGUUCUUAUGCUUCCAAUACUUCUGGAGGUGUCCUUCCACCCAGCACCUCGUCAAAAUUGAACCCCUACAUUUCUGUCGUCGCAACGCCUGCCAGUGGCCAUCGUGCUAGUCUAGGAGGAGGAGGAGGAGGAGGAGGCAGUAUUGGACAUCAUGCUCGUGGAAGUGCGCUGCAAUCUUCUUCUUCACAAGGUAGCUCGAAUGCUUCUAGUAGUACUGGCAACCAUCAAAUUCAAAACAACUACAACAACAAUAUGGGCGGGUCCUUAGGUAGGACGUUAUCGUCUUCGUCUACGUCAGGAGGCAACAAUUCUAGCGGGUCAACUAGCAGGUUGCACCAAUUCUUGUCGAGUAAGUUAAGGCUUAUCCUUAUCCAUCUUCUGCGGCAUCCUGGAGUAGCUUUCAAGGGGAAAACGGACCCAGGAUGCGCCUCAAGAUGAAUGGGGGUGAGCUCUAAGAAAGUAUAGUCCUCAGUCUACUGUAGGUCAGCCGGGUGCAUCUACUUCAGGAACUAGCACAACAAGAACUAAUAGCCAUCAUCAUUAUGAGCAUCGCCACAGCUUCGACGGAACUACCGGACGGACUUCUUCAUCUAUGACGAAGCAGGCAAACAAGUCCUCUGCUUCUGGAACGACAACUGCGGUGGGUGCUGCUCGUAGCGCAGCAGCAAGCCGGUCUUCGUUACAGCAAGCGAAUGCGGCAUUGUCGCACUUUCGACAACAGCAAUUCACUGGACCCUCUUUUUCAACAGCGACAACCCGAAACAACUCGAAAACUGCCACCCCACACGGCCAACAGGGAGUGGACAUUUACAGUUUUCAACCGAAAGUGGUAUUGAAUUUGAUCUCUUUUUUCGGACAAUGUUAGAGGACUAUGGCUAUGAAUCUGCGUGGUAUGCACAAUCUAGAAGAAAAAUGAGUAGAAUUAGGUCCAUUUUGUCCCUGUGGUGUUGCCAUAGACAAUCAUCAUGAUAGAGAAAUUGCAUGCAGAAUUGGUACGUGAGUGUUGAUAUCAGUGAGGUGAUUUUCAUUCCACUCCGCAUCAAUUAUCCCAUCGCUACUUCUUCAGCGACGCGGAAGUCACGGUAGCACUGGGCGAGGCUGGUCCAGCUUUGAAAAGACACGAUAAACAUUGAACAUGGAACAUGGAGGCGCAGAGGAGUUUUGUUCCACGCUCACACUAAUGAACACGAACAACAAUAACGAAUUUGUAACAGCACGACAAAAAGAAACUGUUGAGUUUGAAUCAUCCGUCACAUUGCUUUUUUCCUACUUGAUAUCAUACAUUAUAUGUUUAUGUACUGAUACUCAACUUGGACGCUGGCAAACUAGUAAAAGUAAUAUCCAUUUUAUUUCGUUGCUGAUUCUGUGUCUUGACGGGGGUAGACUCGAGUCAACUUCAUGCUCGCUUUAACCGUGUUUUCCUUCACCGUGGAAAGACAGCGCGGCCACGUUUGCAAUCGGUGUGAGACAGGGGAUCUUGAGACCCUCUGUCUGGAUCUUGAGAGUCUCUCUCUUCAAUUGUCUUAUAAUCGGUGCUGGAGGGGUUUUACGACCUUUACUUUGCUUGGAUGAUCAAAAAAAAAAAAAUCAAUAUGGUUGUAUCAAAAAUCAGGGAGUAUGACCCUAGGACAAGAUUAUACUCAUAGUAGCUGUAAUAGUUGCAGUUAUCCUCGUUCUAAGUUCUGUGUGAGGACACGAAUGCCUAAUC